AGACCCCCAGAAAGGAAGCUUCUUGGGGACUCCGUAACAAGCAAGAAGCAAGCUCCGAAGCAAGCUAUGAAGUGAGGUGGGAAAUGGAGAUGGAGGAGAUCGAGUCGAUUUUGGAGAAAAUCUGGGACCUCCACGACAAGCUCAGCGACACAAUCCACUCGAUUUCCAGAACUCACUUCCUCAACUCCAUUAAGACCCUUCGCAAAUCCCCCAACCACAAAUCCCCCGACGAUGGCCUUGGCUUUGUUUUUGUGAAGGACUUUCGGCUCGAAGGCGACGACUCGCUGAUUCAGGAGGCCAAGAGUCUAAACUCCAUUAGGACCGCGCUCGAGAACCUUGAAGACCAGCUUGAGGUCUACCAUACCAUUCAAACACAGCAGCGGGCUGAGAGGGAUGCUGCAAUUGCUCGAUUAGAACAAAGCCGAAUUGUUCUUGCUAUGAGAUUGGCUGAACAUCAUGGUAAGAAGUACAAAGUCAUUGAAGAAGCUCUGGCUUUUGUGGGAGAUGUACAGGGCGCAGGCCGCGUUCUUAUGCGGGAAAACCUUUGUGGUCAACCAUGCUGUCCUUCUGCUGAGAAUUUUGCAGCUGAUAAAGGAAGGAAAUCUAAUAUCUUUAUUAAUGUCUUCCUUUCAACUGUCAGUUUUGUGAAAAAAGCCCUCAGAUUAGAUAAUGUGAGUGGAAUAGUGGGCAACGCUGCUUUGGUUGCCGUUAGCGUGGUUGCUUUGCUACAUUUUCAUCACGUAGCUUAUCAGGAGCUUCCACAUAGGCAAGAAAAUAGUCUUCCCAGCAACAGAACCGGGCGAAGAAAAUUUCAACCAGAGGGGUCUUCGGCUAAUUCGCACUCCAGAAAUCUGGAUUUACUGCUGGCCAGGGGUUAGGCACUAAAAUAGUGCUCUUUUACUCUGUGAUCUGGAGUUCAGAUAUUGAAACUUUCCCUUCUUAGCCUACAUGAUUUUUGAUGCCGUUUGCGGUUACGGCGGAGUGCUUAAGGUGGGUACAAGUAUGGUUGCACCGUAUCAGUUUUAAAAGUUGAGUCACAAACGCUCGAAAAGUUUUUUUUUUUUAAAAUGCUUUUAUCUGUUUUCCGUUCGAAGGCCGACGUGUAUAUUCCAUCGUCCAACUGAGUAGAGUGUAAUCUGUUGAGUGCCUUCCUUUUACUUUUGUUUUUUUUUUUUUCAGACUUUUUUCGGUUUUUGUUUUUGGAUGAGGGAAAAGCCGGGGCCCAGGACGAAUCUUUAUUUGUUAGGCUGCAUUCCCUCACUUCGCUUGUCUGUUUAGAAUGCUUUCUUUUCUUGCGAGGUAGACGCCGUUACGUUUGCUUUGAAAAAUGCUGUCUUAGCAACAUUAUAAAUGAAAAUUUAUCAUGCUAUGAA